AAUGUUACAGAGAUGCUGUUCCUUCAGAGGUUUCAGUUAUAUUUCUAAGUUGCCGGGUAUAAUGUAAAAUUUUAUUAGUUGAGGGGGAGCUCAACAGCUACAUGUAGAAAGUUCUUUUGGUUUUAUUUCCCUUUUGACUCCUGUUAAAGUAGCCAGGAGUCAUGCUCGUGGCAGCUGGGGGAAAUCCCCUGUUCCCAGCCCUUAGUGACAGCCCCAUCCUUCUUCUUCAACCAUAAACGCCAUCUCCUUCAAAAAUGAAUUUUCUUGUGAGGUGUCUUUAAAAGUAAAUAAAUAAAUCUGCCAACAAAAUAUAAACACCCAAAGGGAUACGGUUAUGGAAAUACUGCUUUUGAAAAAGAGUCCAAGUUCGGCAGGGUGGCAAUAUCUUCGGGUAAUGAGUUCCAUUCCCUUAUCGUGCGUGAGAAAAACAAGUACUUGUGAUAGUUAGUUCUUGAAUAUGGUACUUUGUACGCAUUUGAAAAUUUGAGAUGACCACUAGCCCACCACAUUGGGAUUAGCUGCCGGAUUCCGUCUGCCGCCGCGUGGCCAUAGUGCAACUUAUACAACAUGCAAAGUCUCAUUGCUUUCCUUCUGCCUUGAAGAGAUUUCCAUCCCAGCUCAUCACAUAUUGCUCCUACACUAGAUGUACAAUUGUAGUUUCUGACUACAAACUAGGCAGCUUGCUGCUGUACCCUUUCAAUUUUGCUGAUGUUUAUUUUGGUUUAAGGAUCCCAAACCGUAGCUGCAUGUUCCAAUAGUGGUCGAACUAGGCCAAAGUAAGCUAAGGUCUUGAUGUUAGGAGAAUUCAUCUGUACAUGUAGAUUUCGUCUAACAAAAGCAAGAGUCCUUUCCGUACAUGGGAGUUCACCCUUGGAUUACCUUCCCCACUAUUUUCUAGGUUCAGAGACAGUUGUACUUGUAUUGAUUUUGUUGACCAAAAAUGUAUCUCCACAGUACAAUUAUGAUAAAACAAUAGUUGACAGUGGUACUACAAACCUCAGAGUGUCAGAGGAAGUAUUUGAAGGAAUUCUUGAUCGACUCAAGAAAUUUGAUAAGGUAAAGAUUCUAAAAGGCUAAUAUGACUGUUUCUUUUGUAAUUGCUAUCAUUUUAGGGUAUUAUUAAUAGAGCAGUAUACAUUCAUGUCACUUGUAAGCAUUACUUAUAGAGACAUUAAAAGGCUGUGUAUUGCAGUCACCAGACUUUUUCCUAAUUAAAAUAUUUGUUACCUGUUGGGUGUCCUGAGAAUACUGAGGAUAAAAAUUGAGAAUGGCAGUCAUUUUGAGUCUCUAUCACACAAAUUUACCUCGUUUCCUUUCAAGCUAAUUGCGAUAUUGUCACGCCAAAAAAGUUUGACACAUCACACACUUUCUCCAUAGUGCUCAGACUCCUGUGAUACCAUGCUGGAAAUUAUUGGUAUCUAGGCUACCCUUUUUGGUCCACUUUGUAAUCAAAGUGGAUUUGUAUUAUUUUUCUCUAUAACUAAAGGUAAUUUCAUCAAGGUUACAAGGAGCCACAAAAGUUAAAAUUAAAAACUUGUUUUUUCUUUUAUUCCAUUGGGCACUGUGUAUACCUCGCAAGAGGCAUUCUGUGCGAGUCACUUGUCCCUAAAGGCAAGUGUAAAUUAUGUGCUGGAAGCUAACAAUGUUCCAUUUAUCAUCCAAAACUAUGAAGAUCCUUUGUAAUUUUUUUCUGUCAUGCUUUUAGUUGGGUGUGCCAGAAGAGUUCUGGAUAGGUCGACAAAUGAUGUGUUGGAAUUAUGACAAGACGCCAUGGGAGGAAUUUCCAGAUAUGUCCAUAUCUCUACUCUCAUCUAUUAGCAAUUCAAAGGAGUUUAGGCUGAAAAUUCCUCCACAGGUAAUAUUUGCAAAUUAAAAACAAAUUGAUUCACCAUAUGCCUGUUGGUGCUAGCCGAGACAGUGACUAAGACCCUGUUUAGAUGGAGAAUAGUUGUCCUGGGUAGAUGAGUCACCCGCCUACCUGUGCUGCCUUGGGCAAGCUAUCUUUUCAUAUGUUUCCUUUUAAAACAUGUCAAACUAUUUACAUUUAUCCGUAUUUAUUCGGAUAAGUGCCCAGCCUCGAAUUAGCACCCACUAACACCCCACCCCCUCCCCCUUCUACUCAACUCAAAUAAGUGCCCACCCUCACCCCUCCCCCUUCCCCCUCCCGCUCAAAUAAAAAAUUGAAUAAGUACUAAGAUGCAGUUAUUUUACAGAAACCUUGCAUUGUUACAUCUUUGCAUUUUGAUUUUACCAUUUAUUGUUUUGUUGCAAAAUAUAUGUUGUAGUUCAAUUUUUACCUCUGGUUUAAUUUUUUUAAACCGGUUAAAUUUUUUUGAACCAGUUAGUUUUUUUUUAAACCGGUUUAAUUUUUGUUAAUCGGUUUUUAAUCAACUGUCUGAAAAAGGGCCUUUAACUUUUUGGGGUGUGGAUAAAAAAUAGGGGCUUGGCUUUUUAGGGGGGGUCAAAGAAAAAGAACUAGAUGCAAGAAGAAUAAACAAGUGAAUAUCCGUAUCAUUCUCUCCACCAACCCCCUCAUAGCUUCUAACCGUACCCUACUACCCCUCAGUUUCUUAUCAACCACCCCUGAUAGCCCCCUGACAUGAACUUACCACUCAGUUACCACUUUGCCCUCACCUUACUCAGUAACAAUUUCCUUCUUGUUUGCAACCUCAUUCUGUACUCACCAGGAUUUGAACCUCCAACCUCCAAAUCUGUUGCCCUCUGUUCUCUCCAUUAGGCCAUGCUAGAUUUCGUAGAAAGCUGGUCCAUUUUUGUUGCUAUUAUAAUUUAUUGGUCUCAGACUCCCCUCUGCUCGGCCAACUUAAUUAUUAAAAUAUUCGUACACUUACACGCAUGCGCUUUUGAUGCACAUUUGGACUUGCAAUUUUGAUAAGAUGGCGGAAGCACAGACAGAAGAGAACUGCUGCGUUUUAAAAGAAACUUUUCACCACAAAUUAGAUGAUUUAAAAGCGAAACAGACCAAAAAUGAAUCUCUUAUAACGUUGUUUAUUGACGACCACUUUUUCGAGAAAGCAAAGAGAUAUUUGAAACACCAAGCAGAAAAGUCCCUCGGACUAGACUCGGCACAAGAAACCUGUUUACAAAUGACCAAAUGGGAGAUCAACACAAUCAAGCGAAAGAACUGGUCCUUUGAAAAUGAUUCGCUAGUAAUUGAAGACAAAAAGAAAGUGGUCCCCAAAGGACAGCUUCAUGAGGUCUUAAGCCUUGCUCACAGACGCAUUAAUCACCGAGGAAGACAGAUAACCAGCAAAUGGAUCAACAAUAACUACAGCGAAGUUAACAGUAAGGUAAUCAGCCUGUUCGUUGCUUCAUGUCGUUUUCGUGCUGAACAACAAUCUAUUACCAGUCGUGUGAAGAUGGUGGAAAAACCUCUUCAGUCUCCGCAUUUUCUUUCUCUUCUGGAGAUUGACUUAAUGGAUUUCAGAAACUGUCCAUGCGAUUGCAGAGAACCUCACACCUGGGCGAUUAACAUCAUAGAUCAUCACACCAAAUAUGUUUACGUUUCACCACUUAUAAACAAAACUGCUGAUGAGGUACUGAGAGUCAUCAAAAUGUACUGUUACACAUAUGGUUUCCCCAAAAUGAUUCUCACCGACAAUGGAAAGGAAUUCAAGAACAAAAAAAUGGAAACAUUCUGCAACGAAAAUGGGAUCAAGCAAGGGCAUGGCUCUCCACGUACUCCCACAACGCAAGGUCUUGUGGAGAGAGCAAACAGAUCAUGGAAAGAAGACAUGAGAGCGCUAAUAGUUUCUACUAAUAAAGAAACCAACAAAUGGUGCCAGUCUACUAUGGAAGCUGCUUAUGUAAGAAAUAUUGCCUACCACCGUGCUAUCAAGCAGAGUCCUUAUGAGGCAGUAUAUGGCAUAAAGUCACACAGAGAGCAGCUUACCCCUUCAUUGUCACUUGACCAGGCAACUGAAGCUGAAGCUCCAGUUACUACUAGUGACACAAGUGAAAGUACCCAAUCCAUAAGUGAUGAACGGACCAAAAAGCGUAAAUGUAUCAGUGAAAAUCAGGAAGAUUAUAACAACAGAAUGAUAAAACAAACUCGGCAGAGUUCCAGAACCAAAUCUUUCAAAGUUGAUGAUAUGGUCUCUAUAAAGAUUGAUAAAGUUGAUAAAAAAACACCCAUGCAUCCAAAUAUGCUGAUGGGAAAAAUUACUGCUACAGAAAAUGGCUAUGCCAAAGUUGUCACUCAAUUUGGAGUAAUCCAAGGUUACAUUGCAACAUCCAGGUUACAGCCUUGUACAGCAACUGGUGUGAAAUUAAAUUAUGACAAAGAAAUUUCAUUUUCGAGUGCUUGUAAAGAGGCACACAAUUCAAAUUGAACAUUGAAGCAUGUUUAUUAUGAACAGUCAUCAUGAACAUAUCAUCUUUUGAACAUAAUUAUAUAGAGUGACUUUAGUAUCUUCCCAUUUUUGUAUUAGUUCUAUUACUUAAGAGUGAACAAUAAAAAGGUACGUGUUGCAAAAACAAUAAAAUUUCAGUAUUUUUAAACCAAAAAAGACUCAUACAAACAAGCGUUUCAAAGAAGAGUUUUGUUCAAUACGUUCCUCAAACCAGGAAAUAUUACCUGAACGUCAGUAAUAAUCUGCAAUCAAAGCUUUAAGGAGAGAACAGUGACAUAUCAAGCGUGAACCAUCAUCCUGAACAGCAAUGGAUAGCCACAACAAAGAUAAUCGCGGCAUUUACCCCUUCCCUCUCUUAUUCUGGUUUCACAGUAAAAAUAGUUCCUAAGCCUCUUCCAUUGGUGGCAAUGCAUAGAGUACAACCUGUAGUAGCCUGUUUUAUCCCUAUCCUUAACCCUAACCCUAACCUGUAUUAACCCUAACCCUAACCUGUAUUAUCCCUAACCCUAACCCUAACCCUAAUCUGUAAAAUGAGUGCUUAAACCUAAUUAGUAAAAUGAGUGCUUAACCCUAAUCAGUAAAAUUAACACUUGCUAAAAUGUGUGACACCUCAAUAUCACGGGUUUAUUUUACACAGAGUAUUUUACAUGCAGAGAUACAAAUAAAUGACAAUGAGACAUGUGUUUAAAAAUUUUAAACCAGUUUGAAAAUUUCACACCAGUUUGAAAAAUUUAAACCAGUUUAAAAAAAUUCAAACCAAAGAAAAAAUUUGAACUACGACAUAUACAUACCACACUUCCUGAAAAUGGCUAAAAUUUAACAAGCACCCAGCCUCAAAUGAGCACUUACCUUGAGUAAGUGCAAACUCUCAAGGUAAACACAAUUGGUUAGCUCAGUUGGGCCAUCUCGGUCAAGGUGAGACAAUCACAGUAGCACCAGCUUUGUUGUAGACAAUCAGAGCGUGUGUGAAUGCUGUUGGCUCGGGCAAAUGGGUCAACUUUCUUCUUAUGUAAAGGCUCACUAAAUUCUAUUUUGUUUUUUGGCAGCUUUACUUAAGAGAAACUAUAGAACGUGGUCCUCUUCCUGGUCAGCACUGUUACAAGUUUGCCAUAACUAAAGCUGAUAAAGGUAUGAUCUGAAGAAGGAUUUCUUUAUUACACAGAACUAGAUGAGAGUAAUAAUUAUUACUAAGGUAGCUAAAUGGUAGGGUUUUCAGGUAGUUUAAUUUGGGAUAGGCAGGGCUAAAAAAACACUCGAAUUAUUCCAGCUUGUCCUUUGGGCAAGCCGCUCUUACAUUUUGCUUGCCCAUGGUCACUUCUUGCUCAUCUUAAAUUCGUUAACUACAGGUGAUGUUACACGAGAUGACUCGCAAUGAUGAUUUUUAGCACAAUGCGACAUGGCAACAUUGCUGCAACAUUGUUUUGUAUGGUUACAACAUUGUUCCAAUAUUGCAACGAUGUGUUGCACUAAAAAUCAUCAUUGCGAAUCAUCGUCCCGUGUUACAUCACCUGUAGUUAAAGAAUUUAUUCCACAAUAACUUGCCUGCACCCUCACCCAUCAGGGAAGAAAGAAAUUUCUUUUUUCUUCUACCAGAAGGGCUUUUUUCGAUCCCUGAUAGGGUAUAGGAGUUAAAGGAUUUUACUCUCAGAGUAGUCAAGAGAAUUAGUGAUUGAUUGAUCAGUUGUACAGCGUGUAAAUAUGUUUCUCGUUCAUUGCUAAGUCGCAGAGGUGGUGAUUCUUGGUGCCUAUCCUAGAAAAAGUACUAGAUUAAAAUUGCAGUUGUAUAUUGUCUGGUAUAAGCCUGCCAAGGGUUUCUUGGAACCAGUGGCAUGGGCUAAGAGAUAGUUACAUGUAGUUGGAGUCUGUACUUACCCUUUUAUGAACUCAAGCAUUAAUGAGUCGGUUUGACUGUUAAGGUUGACUUAUGAUGACUGAAGAUAUCCUCUUUUAGUGUCAUCAUUAACACACCUUAUCCUACCCUGGUGCUGUGGAAAAGUUUCUGUGAGCGAGAUAAACUGAAAUAUUAUUAAAAUAUUGUUUUGUUAUUUAGGUACAGUAAUAGGAGCUGUUAUCAUGGAGGGAUUUUAUGUGGUUUUUGAUAGAGAAAAUGUUCAAGUAGGAUUUGCUGCAACAACAUGUGGAGGUAAAUAAAAGAUUUUUUAGUACUUUCAUGGGCGUAGGAUUUUGUUACAUUCCCCCUUUAACCCCCUAAGCCCUAAGAGUGAUCAGCAUCAAAUUUCUCCUUAUAAUAUCAAUGCUUUGUUAAACAGAGUGGUCAUGAGAAUUACAGACAUGAUCACACAAGAUGAAUUUGCUUGAUAUUUUAGCAACUUCUCCCCACUACUUCUGUAGGAAAUGAAUAGGGGCAACAAAUGAGAAUUCAAAUGUUGAUCUUAGGGUUUAAAGGGUUAAUCAAGGCCUGCUGUAACUGAAAGUUCACCUUUUUGUGUGGUGCUUUCAACAUUAUGAAGGCAGCACUCUUUCAAGAAAACACUGAUAGUCAUAGCUGUUACAACUCAAUGUCCCAGACUAAAAUUUGCACUUAUUUGAUUGUUAAUUUGUUUACUUUUUUAAUAGCCGAAGGCCGCCUUAACCCAAGUUCUGAAGUUAGUGGACCAUUUAGUAGAGGUAAGGGCAUUCUUUAAUUAUGACUUUUAGCCUGAACAAAGGCCUUUAAAACAACUGCGUAAAAAACUUGUGGUUUUUACAUGGUGGGACAAUGCCUGUGGAGGCUUGUAUUAUGGUUUAAUGGGUUAAGGGGUAAAUUCUUUUUGCAUAGUAAACAGCUUAUUGACCCAUGACAUCACUAAACUAAUGAGUCCAAGCUGUUCUUAAAGUUUAUAUUAUUUUCUUUUCUUUCAGAUGCAGUGGACUGUGAAUAUAUAGAAACAGAAAGUUCCGACACAGCUCUCCUCACUGUAGCAUACGUCAUGGCUGGAGUGUGUGGACUCUGUCUUCUGCCAAUUUUUGUUCUGUUAGUUCAAGCAAGCUGUAAGAGACGCAAACAGCAACAGCAACAGCAACAGCAAGCUACAAGUGCAACAGACCAACCAUCCGAUAGAACAAACCUCAGAAACGACUUUUAUAAUAAUUAUUGA